AGACGGCACCAGGGAAGAAACCACAGCACAUCGUCCUGAUUGUCCUCUUCCCAGUGACCAAGAGCCAGAGACCCGGCUGUGACUGCCCGCCCGCCUCUGGUGCUUCCUUGGGGUAGACAAUCUUUACUCAUCUAGACUCCCGCCACCCUGACUGCUGACUUACAGCAGCCAUGAGGUCCCGGCUUCUGCUGCCCGUGCCCCAUUUGCCAACGAUUCGGGAAACUUCAGAAGAGCUAUCACAUGGGACACCUGGGCAGGAACCCCCAGCCUCUCCCAGCCUGGAUGACUAUGUCAGGUGUAUUUGUCAGCUGGCACAGCCCACCUCAGUGCUAGACAAGGUCACAGCCCAGAGCCAUCCCGACAGACCCAGCCGGCUAGCCUGGACUAGAGAGAAGAGGCGCCAGACGGAGUCUCUGGAAGACAGCUCUCCUUGCUUCAGCGGCCUACAGCCCACACUGGCCUCUCCCAGCACUGAUGACCCUCUGGACUGGCUCUUUGGGAAGUCACAGGAACAGCAGACAGACGGGAGAGAUCGACCCAACAGGACCAGUUCUUCAGAUCCCUGGGGUGUGCCCAGACAGAUGGGCAAGGACUCAGGGAGGACCUGUGAGGCCAGGGUACCUGAGUACUCUCUGGGAAGAAAACCAGGGUACAAGCACCAGACCUCCGACCUGAAAAGCUGGACUUCUAGAAAGUCCUGCCGGGCCUUAGCAUCUGUCUCCAGCUCUCGCCCCAGCAGCAUCCUAGGCACUCUCUAUUUGCAUCUACCAGUGAUCCAUGAACUCUAACCCCUCCCCAGAAAAAACUCAUAAAGAAUAUUGUGGGUCCCUGUGGCCUUCCCAGUUUCUCUUUUCUGUGAUGGACACUUCCUGGCAUGACUUCAGGGACCGGGCAAUUCCUAGUGAGACCCAUCCUCUAAAGAAUGAGGACAGUCUAGCUUCCACAAUGCAGCUUGACUGGGACCAUCUGUUUGUGACUGGCUGGCCCAUGACCUUGAAGUGACUCAGUGUCUCUAUUCCUCGGUUUUAUCACAGUUAAAGUGAGUGUAGGUAGGAUGACCCCCUCCCAGAUGCUCUAAUGAGGAGAUACGGGCUGAACUCUGGGUGGCCACUGCAGUCUCACGAGAAACCAAGGGCCAAGGGCCAAGGGCCAAGGGAAGGGUCUAAUCUCUCUAAAGCGGUAGCUUUCAACCAUCCUAAUGCUGUGACUUCUUAAUACAGUUCCUCAUGUUGUAUGAUUCCCCAACCAUAAAAUUAUUUUUGUUUCUACUUCAUAACUGUAGUUUCGUUACUGUUACUAAUCAUAAUGUAAACCUUUGUGCUUUCCAAUGGUCUUAAGUGACUCCUGUGAAAGGGUCACUCAACCCUGAAAGAGGCCAUGACUCAGGCUGAAAAACACUGUCUUCAAGGUUUCCAAGGAAGGGCCUGGCCUCUAUGCUCUACCUUCAGAGAUCUACAUCUUGAGGCCCAACAAAAGGCAUGAGGUCUCAGCAGGUGUAUUACGGUGUUUCCCGGGGCUUGUCACCUAGCUACCCAGAGAACCUGCUGUCUUGGCUCUAGUGCCCAAAUCUCAUUGUGGUACCAGAGAAUUCCCAUGCUCAGGGCCAAAACAGAAUGCAGCAUGCAGCCUGAAGGCUGCUAUGUACUAGGUCUAGAGGCCCCAUCUCUGGUUUUCUUGCAUGUGCCCACCAGCUUCGCCUAGGUCCUUGUUACAGAAAGGGGCACAUCCGGAAGUUGUCCAACCCCCUUAUCCCGGCUAAGUCUGGAUGUCCUACGGCUUUGGAAAUCCAGACCAACACUGAGUUCCCCCAACCCAGAGAAUGUCAGCUCCUGGAGGCAUCUACCAAGUAGGAGGGUGAAGGCGGGGAGUUGGUGAUGGGAGGGUUUCCUUUCUCAGAGGGGUAGUGUGGUCUUGGAGAUCGGAAAAGAAUCAGGACUCACGGCCCAGCAUCUGCUCCUUUGUAUGGGCUGAAGCCAGCUGAUCACACACAAGAUGGAAGGGUCUAGGAAAAGAGAGACUUUAGCCACUUUGACGACCUCUUUUGCAUGUAUAUUCUCAGAAUCAGAAUGCAAACCCACACACCAAAAAGAAAAAUAUUUCA